UGGUGUAUAUAUAUCCUAGUCUCCAGCAGACACAAAUUUUGGGCACUGCCAUUAUUAGUAAAUCUAUAAAAAUAAAAAAUUAAAAUUAAAAGUGUGAUGAAGUGGUGUCGUUCGAGGUGGGAAGGUUUCUAUUUAUAGGACGAAAUGCAGAGGAACACAGACAGACGCACAGUUGAGUCGGUGAAACCUGAAGCGAUGGGGUCCACAAAUUCUGUUAAAACCAUCAUGAUCACAGCACGGCUUAUCCUGAUGUGUAAUUACCUUACCAUCAGAAAUAAAUAGAGCGUUGAGAUUAUAGUACAGUGGCAGGGAACACGUGCGCACGAGACCACCUAAGUGCCAGCCAGCCAGCCCAGCCAACUCUCCGUCCACAGAGAGAGAGAGAGAGAGAGAGAGAGAGAGAGUAUUGACCCAUUAAAUAUCGGACUGACAAAAGAUGCCCUCCUCCGCCCCUGCCACCUCAGCAAAAAGGUAAAAGAUAUUUUGCAUUCAUAACUGGGCACCAUCUUUUGCUAUACCCCAGAUUUACGUAUCAUUUUCCAAAUCCCUCUCCACUGCUCUCUCUCUCUCUCUUUCUGCGCCCAUAACUCUUUCUCUUCCUCUCUGUUGUGGAACCAAGCACAUACUGUUAAUCAUACCGCUGCCUAAAAGUAAAAACUGGAACUUUUUAACAAAAUUCUCAACAAAAUAAAAACCCCCAUGAAAAAGUAAAAAAAGGUGAAAAACGUAGUUCCAAUUUUACUCCGUCUCUACUCUCUCAGCCCAACAAAAGCUGGAAAAAAUAAAAACACUCCCUUGUCGUCAUUUCUCGGUUUCAUCCUUAAGGCAUAGGAACAUUAGGCAGUGGCAGGGGUUUCCAAUUCCAUUUGCCAUUUUUCAUUUCCAAUUUCAAGCUUUUCUUUUUUCUUUUUUUUCCGACAAUUAGGUUUUUCACUGUAAACUAGUCUCUCUGAUAAACAACAAAAAGAAAAGAAAUGGUGAACCCCAAAUCUCGAAGCGCAGAGAGCGUGCCCUGCGAUUUCUGCAGCGACCAAGUUGCGAUUCUGUACUGCAGAGCCGACUCAGCGAAGCUCUGUUUGUUCUGCGACCAACAAGUUCACUCUGCCAACCUCCUCUCCCGGAAGCAUCUUCGCUCUCAGAUCUGCGACAACUGUGCCUCCGAGCCUGUCUCCGUCCGAUGCGCAACCGACAACCUCGUGCUCUGCCAGGAGUGCGAUUGGGACGCCCACGGCACCUGCUCUCUCUCCGCCUCUCACGAUCGCAACCCUGUCGAUGGCUUCUCCGGCUGUCCCUCCGCUCUCGAGCUCGCCUCCAUUUGGGGAUUCGAUCUCGAGGACAAGAAACCGGCGCGACCCGACCCGCCUUUCCCCAAUUGGGCCAGUCCCCACGACAUGCUUAUGCCCGUGGACUCAUCAUCCUGGACCUACUACAAGUACAAACCGGACGGCGUGAGCCUUCAGGUUCAGGACUUGAUUGUGCCGAAUGAGAACGGCUUUGUUUUCCCGAACAUGGGUUGCGGAGAGGUGGUGAUGAAGAAACAGAGUUGCACUGCCAGAUGUGGGAAGCAGAAGCAGGUCAUGUACAAGCAGUUGGUGGAGUUGCUCAGGAGGGAUUUGAUGGCCAACGCCGCCGGCGGUGGCGACGGCGGCGGAGGGGGAGAGGGCAAUUACCAGCCGGGGACCCCCAAUAGGAGCGGUGGUUGUUGGCAAGGGAAUGUGGAAGCGAUCGGGUUGAGGAAUGAAAGCAACGGUGAUGAUGGGGUAAAUGGGCUUUUGACCGGUUCUUCCGGUGGUGCCGGUGUUCAACAGCAUUUGCAGCAGCAGACGACGCCGUUUACAUCUUUGCUGAUGAUGCCGAUGCCUCCUCAUGAGUUGAAAGAUGGCGAUGGGAUUGUGGAUGGGGAUAUGUUGUGGGAUACCAACCCCAAUGGGCAGUCCACUCAGAUAUGGGACUUCAAUUUAGGACGUUUGAGGGAACAUGAAGAAUCAGGACCCAUGGAAGUGGCUUAUUGUUCGAAUGAUGCAGGAUUUAUGAUUAAAAAUUUCGGUGAACUUAUGAAAGAGACAUCAUGGACCAGUUCGAAAAUUUUGGGAGAUAUUUACCAGAUAAAUUGCCCUAUGGGACAAGAUGACAUGACGUUCAACAAUAAUGGAAAUAACCCAACAGCUAGCCAAGGACCAGCAACAUCCGAGAGCAAUAACCUACCAAUUGGAAGACCAUCUUCAGGUUCCGGUUUGGUGAAAGAAAAAGGUUGUGGUGCCUCUAAAGAUGUGCAUUUUACAGAGCAGUCUUUUCUUGUUAGAAGUGAUAGUUUAAGAACAGCAGCAGCAACAAAGGCUAACAUAGAGGUGUUGGCUCAGAAUAGAGGCAAUGCAAUGCAGCGUUACAAGGAGAAGAAGAAAACCCGAAGAUAUGAUAAACAUAUACGGUACGAGUCAAGGAAGGCAAGAGCUGAUACCAGAAAGCGAGUUAAGGGUCGUUUUGUGAAGGCCACCGAAGCCCCUGAUGGCUGAUUUGGGCUUCUUCUCUGAAGUCCAACCUCACUCAUUUUAUUUUGCUAGCAUUUCGAGUAUAACUUUGUUUCGUCCGUCCUACUUGGCACAUCGAAAGGAAAACUCAUAGAAAUGCGGGAAUGGCCCAUAGUGCUUUGGGCUUUUGAUGGGCUGGGUUUGUUCGGAACGUUUCAAAAUAAAAAGCCUGCAUUUGGACCGAACGUUCCAUGAAGCCGUCUCAUACGUUGACCUAGGGUUCUUCUGGAGACAAAUUAUAUUAACUUAUCUUGUUAUUUUGUAAGUUUUGGUUUUGCACGCAAUACCUUCUUAUUUUCUGAAUAUAAUGUAUUCUUUUUCC